CUCGACGCUCUCUUGCUCUCGCUCGACCCUGCGACCGUGGCCUCCUCGACAGCAGCAGACGCACCGAUGCGCGCCCUCACCAUCUCGCACCCGCUCUCGUCCUCGUUCGACAACCUCACGUUUACCUCUCGCCCUCGCCCGCCCGCACCAACCGGCACCCAGGUCCUCAUCCGCGUAAAGGCCGUCAGCCUCAACGCCCGCGACGUCCAGAUCGCCAGCGGCACCUACCCAGCCCCGAUCCAGGUCCAACAGGGCAUCGUCGCCGGCAGCGACGCCGCAGGAGACGUCGUCGCCGUCGGCGACCGCGUCUCGAGGGUCAAGGUCGGCGACAAGGUCACGCCCGUCUUUGCCCAAUCCUUCCUCCACGGCGAGCACGACCCGGACUACCAGAAGAACGGCCUCGGCGGCGGCAUCGACGGCGUCCUGUCCGACUACUUUGUGUGCGACGAGGCCGGCGUCGUCCUCAUGCCGUCCAACCUCAGCUACACGCAGGCGUGCUGUAGCGUCAUCACCGGCGUUACGGCAUGGCACUGCUUCUCGUACCCCGGGUGCAGCCUCAAGACGGGCGAGACGGUCCUCGUCCUCGGGACCGGCGGCGUCUCGAUCUACGCCGCUCAGCUCGCGCUCGCGUCGGGCUGCCGCGUCAUCGUCACCUCGUCCUCGGACGCCAAGCUCGCCCGCGCCCGCGACGAGCUCGGCGUGCACGGCACCGUCAACUACCGCACGCACCGCGACUGGGACGUCGAGGUGCGCAAGCUCACCGGCGGGCGCGGCGUCGACCACGUCAUCGAGGUCGGCGGCAAGGGCACGCUCGUCAGGAGCAUCCGCAGCUGCAGGCCGUUGGGCAACGUGUGGGUCGUCGGGUACAUGAGCGACUACGCGGCGGGCAAGGUCGAGGGGCAGGACGACGAGGCGCAUGAGCUCGCGAAAGAAAUCCUGUACACCCAGGCGAGGGUUUCCGGCGUCGUGUGCGGCUCGAGGGACAUGUUCGAGGACAUGAACCGCUGCGUCGAGGUCAACAAGAUUGUGCCGGUGGUCGACCGCGUGUUCCCGUUCGACGAGGCUCGAGAGGCGUACCGCUACUUGAACAGCGGGGCGCACUUUGGCAAGGUCGUCAUCGAGCUGUAGACGGUGUUCGUAGACUGCACAUAGACGAGUUCGAGCAGCA